CCCUCACACGGCAUUUUUCCUGCUACCGCCGUCCGGCCGUCUCCGUCCUGCCGCCGCCCAUCCUUCCCGACCGCUGGCCUCCACCUGUCCCCCGAGCCGCGCCACGGGACGCGAGGUGGCCAUGACACUCUGUGCGCAGUCUCUGGAGAUACAGCCAGAACUUUUCGUUCACAUGGCAGCAGCAAACUCUUCUCCACCUGGUUCUCUGGAUCUAAACCAGCCUGGGUUUGCAAAGGAGAUCCUGGGAACUAAACUGGAGGUCAAAUACCUGUGCUCCGAUUGCAAGAACAUCCUGAGGCGGCCGUUCCAGGCGCAGUGCGGCCAUCGCUACUGCUCCUACUGCCUGAAGAGAAUCAUCAGUGCUGGACCUCAAAAGUGUGCCAGCUGUAUCCAGGAAGGAAUAUACGAAGAAGGAAUUUCUAUUUUGGAAACAAGCUCGGCUUUCCCAGACAAUGCAGCGCGGCGGGAGGUGGAGAGUCUGCCUGCUGUCUGCAUCAACAGCGGCUGCACCUGGAAGGGAACCAUCAAAGAGUACGAGGCUCAUGAUGAAGUCUGCCCUGAAUUCCCGCUGACUUGUGAAGGCUGUGGGAAGAAGAUUCCCAGGGAGAAGUUUCGGGACCAUGUGAAGACGUGUGGCAGAUCCAAAGUACCGUGCCGGUUCGAGGCUGUGGGCUGUGCUGAGGUGGUGGAAAAUGAAAAGCUCCCAGAACACGAAAGGAAGUGUUUGGCAGAGCAUCUCUACUUGCUUCUGAGCUCUGUGCUCAGCCUCAAGACUGGUGCUGGGGACCUGAAGCCCCUUCCUGUCCCUUCCUCAUCACAAAACAGUUCCCCACUUCUGGGAGCAAACUCACUGUGCUCGGAGUCGGAGCUCUCCCGGUCCGUAGAGCUCUUGGGAAGGUGUGAGGCCCUUGAGAGGAAAACAGCUACCUUUGAGAACAUCGUCUGUGUGCUUAACCGGGAGGUGGAGAGAGUGUCCCUGACAGCUGAGGCCUACAGUCGCCAGCACCGGCUGGACCAGGAGAAAAUCGAAACGCUGAGCAACAAGGUCCGGCAGCUGGAGAGGAGCAUUGGGCUUAAAGACCUGGCCAUGGCUGAGAUGGAGGAGAAGAUCCGCAACAUGGAGGCUUCCACCUACGACGGGGUUUUCAUCUGGAAGAUAACGGAGUUUGCGCGGAAGCGUCAGGAGGCGAUAACGGGCCGCUCGCCUGCCAUCUUCUCUCCAGCUUUCUACACCAGCAAGUACGGCUACAAGAUGUGUCUGCGCGUGUACCUGAACGGGGACGGCACCGGCCGUGGCACCCACCUGUCCCUGUUUUUUGUGGUGAUGAAGGGACCUAACGAUGCGCUGCUGCGGUGGCCCUUUAACCAGAAGGUCACCCUGAUGCUUCUGGACCAGAAUAACCGGGAGCACAUCAUCGAUGCCUUCCGCCCCGACGUGACGUCCUCGUCCUUCCAGCGCCCCGUCACGGAGAUGAACAUCGCCAGCGGCUGCCCCCUCUUCUGCCCCGUGUCCGUCAUGGAAGCCAAGAACUCCUACGUGCGUGAUGAUGCCAUCUUUAUUAAAGCCAUCGUUGAUCUCACGGGCCUCUAACCCUGCUGACCUUGGAGCACUGAGCAUGGAGCCAGCACUGCCCGGGGCAUCUCCUGCUGUGCUGCACUUCAGGCGGGUCUGAGAGCAAGAGGGGGCACAGAGAGGGGAAAAGCCCUUCCUGAAAAGGGACCUUUGCUCUGAGUGGAAAUGAGGUGUCUGAUGGGAGCUCUCUUUCCUGAGAAGAGGGUUGGGUGGACGCUGGCAGGCUGUGGAAUAUGGAAGAUUCCCUGCAGGGACUUGGAUGUCUGAACUGCUGCUGUCUGGACUCCAAUGGAAACCAGUGCAGCUCUUGCUCUACCAGUUUAGCCGACAUCCACAGCUCUCUAGUAAAACAGCGGUUUGCCCUGCCUGAGCUCCACGUCCUGUGGAUUUUGGCUCAGCUGUCUAGGAUUUCCCUCUGAGAUCUCCAUGUUCCUGGAAGUUGUGGGGUGCCAUGGCUCUGCACUGCUGGUUGCUCCACACCCCGGGAGACAAGGAGGGUGUGUGACAGCUGCAGUGCCAGCUGGGCAAGAGAGACACAGACUGGUUUGAUGCCGUUGGUGUGUUAGGAGGGUGCUGAGCCCAGCUGCAGGGCAGGGGAGCCCUUAGUCCAGCCCUUGCUGGGUGUGUGCUGG